AACAUGGCCUGAGGUGAUAUCAGAGAUCCAUGGAGACUGAAGGUACUGUAAGACUAAAAGUUUUAGAGGCUUUAUCCUUGAAGCACAGAGUGGAGAAAUGUACUCAUUCGACGGACGGGAAACGCAUAGCAGUUUGUUUGGGCGAUUUCUCUGUCAGAAUCUACGACGAGGCUACCAGCGAUUCUGCGCAUGCGGAAGACGAACAAGAGAGCAGCCCCUCCCUUCGGCUUUUCUGCACGUUCAAGGGGCACACCUUGAACGUUUGGAGUGCCGGUUUCUCGGCAGAUUCUCGCCUGUUAUGCUCAGGCUCGUCAGAUAUGACAGUGCGUGUCUGGCACUUGGAAAAGCAAGAGAGCAUUUUCACAUUCACGCAGCAUUCAGACACUGUUUGGUGCUGCAGUUUCAUGCCGUGCUCUUCAGACCUAGUAGCGUCGGGGUCUAGCGACAAAACUGUCAAGAUAUGGAACCACGUAACUGGAGAAUUACUGCACAAUCUCAACACGUACAAUGGGGUAGUCGAGAGCCUAAGUUUCUCUAAAGAUGGUACAAAACUCUGCACUGGUUCACGAGAUUGUAGAGUGAUUUUGUGGACUAAUAUAUCCCCAAAGACGAAUGUAACUCCGGACAAUUUAGUUUUAUACGAAGGUGAGGAAUGGAUAAGAUUCGUUGCGUUUUCAAAACACGAUCAAAACCUACUUCUGACUAGUGGGAGUUCAAAUACAGUUCUAAUGUGGGAUCUGAGUGAAGUUUCCCUCACAGAACAACAGACUCCAGUAACCAGUAAAACUCCCAGCCAAACAGCUAGUCGGAAGACUUUGAAAACAGUUCGGUUUUCUGAUGGGGUAGAGUCUGGUCAGCGGCUAAAGAAAGUGCAUUCCCCAAUAUUGGAGCUAAAGGGGCAUCUAAACACAGUGUGGGAUGCUUGCUUCGCUGCAGCCAGCAGUGACCUGAACCUGGUCAUCACGUGCUCAGGAGACAGAUCAUUACGGUUUUGGGAUCUUGGGAGUGAUGGUCGGUGCAUUCAGGAGACUCAGUUGGAGGGAGCUGCAGACUCACAGUUUCUUACUUGUUCCUUUUCCACAGAGUCAAAACUUCUUGUUGUGGGGACGUAUGUAGGAAGCUUAUUGCUGUUGGAAUGUGCAAUUGCACAAUGA